AUGUUGCAACAACCAAGAAUACUAUCAGAUUGUCAAAUUGAGUUGUACCACAGUGAAUCUAGCCAGAGUGGACACAAUGACGUAUACAAGGGCAUUGCAAGACUAGAUACAGGACCAUUUGUGGCUGGAAAGCCAGCGGGCUGUUGGUUCAACGAUACAAACGUGACUGAAUCGUAUCUACAGAAUAGCUUCCGGAACUUCUUCCCCUUGACCUGGCGGUCUUAA